AUGGCGUCGUUACGUGAAUUGACAAAGGCUGAACGUGGUUAUAUUGAUUCAUUGUCCAAUUUGGAAUCCUUUAUUGAAAAUUUCGUCCUAGAGCGGGAUCAUAGGAGAAUUGUUUCCCGAUUGGAGCAUUUGGAGGUCCUGUUCAAAGAUUUUCGUGAGAACAGGGCAAAAAUUGAAGCUCGGCAAGAUCAAGAUUUGAAGUUGACUGGGUCCGAUGAAAAAGAAGAUCAAGUGAGGAAGGAUGUAGAUGUCGCCAAUCGAAAGUCACGGUUAGAUUUUGAAGACCGUUAUUUCGAUAUCAAAGAUUUUCUUAUGUCGCAUAGAAUCCAACCGACAGCUGUAGCCUCCACUCCCCAUCCGCCCAGCCAAACCUCAUCCUCCCGUGUUCACCUCCCAGUUUUUAAAAUUCCAUCCUUCGACGGCAGUGUUAAAGAUUGGUUAGGUUUCCGUGAUGCUUUUCAGAGCAUGAUUGCCAAAGAUACGACGCUCUCGCCCAUUGAUAAAUUCAACUAUCUGUUAUCGGUGGUGACGAGAGAAGCCAGAACUUUGGUGGAGUCAAUUGAGGUGACUACAGACAAUUUUGAUGUAGCAUGGGAAAUGUUGGAACAACGUUUUGAGAACAAAAAGGUCAUCGCUCGAACCUUGAUGGACAGUUUCCUCGACGCUGAGCCGAUCAAGCGGGAAUCGUACGACGCUCUAGUUGGUCUCAUCGACUCGUACGAACGCAGCCUGUUACAACUCAAGAAAAUCGGUCUGAAAACUGAAGGGUGGUCGCAUCUCAUCGCUCAUUUGUUGUAUAAACGUCUCGAUAAAGAAACACAGAGGCUGUGGGAACGAGUACAUAAUUCACGUGAAGCACCAAUCUACGAAGAAUUGUUAAAGUUUCUCCGGGAUCAUCUGGCAACCCUACAACCCCUCACUUCCUCGAAAUCUAUUGCGUCAGUCUAUCGUUCAGAACAUAGUAGGAUGGUAAUGAAGUCGAAAAUUGGUUCUACACUCACAACAACCACGCUCCUCCAGAAAGUUUGUCCACACUGUCAAAAUCCUUUCCACUCUCCUUUCAAAUGUAUUUCAUUCAAUAAAAUGACUCCUUCCCAACGACUUGAAUCAGUCAAAAAGGCUGGUUUGUGUUUAAAUUGCCUUUCUUCCUCCCAUUUGGUGCGGGCUUGUCCUAGCUCAGCUUGUCGUGUUUGCGGUCAAAGACAUCAUACGAUGCUACAUCUGCGACCAGCAAGCAACACCUCCAACUCAGGACAAGAACCAUCGCAAUCGCAACCAUCUAACUCCAUAAUACAUCAACAUCGAUCAAAUUCAAUCGCACCAAACGCAAACAAUCCAUCUACUUCGCAAUCGCAAACAUAUGCUACCACGCCCGUAACUGCACCGUCAAUGAAAUCCACUACCUCCACCCACAUGCCAGUAGCCUUGCCCGCUAGUGUACCAGCCGAUAGCAGUGUCGUUUUUCUCGCGACCGCCGUCGUUAAGAUAGAAGAUUAUUACGGAAAUACUUUAUUUGCAAGAGCCCUUUUGGAUGGAUGCUCCGAACGAAAUUUGAUGAGCGAACAAUUGGCGCAGAAAUUGGCACUAAAUCGGAAACACGAUCCUCUCGCAUUCCAAGGUAUUGGACAAAGCACUGCAAACUCGAAACAAUCGGCGAUGGCAACCAUCCGUUCACGCUGUACGGAUUUUGUCGUCGAUCUCAAAUUCCACAUUUUACCGGAAUUUAAACCUAUUUUGCCAUCGAAUCAAGUGUCCAUAGUUAAUUGGAACAUCCCAUCGCAUAUCCAGCUAGCCGAUCCUCAGUUCUUUGAGCCCAACCAAAUAGAUGUCAUCAUUGGUGCAGACAUCUAUUUUAAUCUACUGUGUGAUGGUUUUGUCGACCUCGGACCGGAACUACCCCAUCUAAAAGAAACCGUUUUCGGGUGGAUAGUUUCCGGUAAAUGCAACAAAUUGCAGUCAACGAGACCAGCCAGCACUUUCGUAUGUAGUAAUGCUGAGCUGGAAAAACAACUUACUCGCUUCUGGGAAAUUGAGUCGUGCCAUUCGAAUGAAACUCUUUCCGUGGAGGAACGGAAAUGUGAAUCUCACUUCACCGCUACCACGACACGAGAUCCCAGCGGACGGUUUGUGGUUUCUUUACCUAAGAAACCAGAUGUUCUAGAGAAAUUAGGAAACUCCAGAGACAUUGCAAUCCGUCGUUUUCUAUCGCUUGAACGGCGUCUCCAUGCUAAUCCUCAGCUGAUGGAAGCAUACGAAGCUUUUAUUAAGGAGUACGUACACUUGGGACACAUGAUCCUGAUCGAUCCAACCAACGAUGUUUCAAAACCUGGAGAGAAAAUCUACUACAUGCCUCAUCAUGGCAUUAUUCGAGCAGAUAGUGCUACAACGAAACUCCGCGUUGUUUUCGAUGCUUCAUGUCCCUCCGAUUCCGGCAUCUCGCUGAACGACGCUUUGAUGGUGGGACCGGUAGUUCAAGACGAACUGUAUAGCAUCAUAUUACGAUUUCGCAUACCUCGUUUCGUAAUUGUGAGUGAUUUGGAGAAAAUGUACCGACAACUGCUGGUAUAUCCCAGCGAUCGUUUGCUCCAGCGCAUCGUCUUCCGGUCUUCUCCGUCGGAACCCAUUCAAACCUUCGAAUUGCUGACGGUCACUUACGGCACCGCAUCGGCCCCAUAUCUAGCAACCCGCGCCCUGAAACAACUCGCCACUUAUGGUGAAUUGGCCCAUCCCGACGCAGCCAAAGUCCUCGUUAAGGAUUUUUAUAUUGACGAUCUACUUUGUGGGGUAGAUUCCGAAGAAGAAGGAAUCAAACUCUGCCACCAACUGAACGAUCUUUUGCAAUCUGCGGGAUUUAAAUUGCAUAAAUGGGCAUCCAACAGCGUGACUAUUCUUCAAAAUAUUCCGGUGGAGCUUCGCGAAGAAAGAAAUUUAUUGGAGCUCGAUUCAUCGAGUACACAAGUAAAAACUCUUGGUUUACUGUGGCAGCCAGUCGACGACGUUUUCCGUUUUAAGAUACCUGAUUGGUCCUACGAAGCGCCGAUUACCAAACGCUUGGUAUUGUCCGAAGCAGCACGUUUAUUCGACCCUCUUGGUCUAUUGGGGCCAAUCGUUCUACGCUCCAAGCUCUUUAUGCAAGAGCUGUGGAAAGCGAAAGUUUCCUGGGAUGACCCUUUGAAGGAAAAUCAUCAACAAUUCUGGAAAGAGUUCCGGAAAGAUCUUGAAAUUCUCGACACAUUUAUUGUUCCACGGUGGGCGGCACCAAUCACAGAUCCUGUCAGUACAGAACUGCACGGCUUUAGCGAUGCUUCGGAAAGCGCAUACGGUGCGUGUAUAUUUCUUCGAACUAUUUCUGCAACUGGAGUAGUUUCUGUACAUUUGCUCACAGCAAAAUCGAAAGUCGCCCCUAAGGCGACUGAAAAACUCGAACUCACUAUUCGAUUGCCACGGCUUGAGCUCUGUGGAGCGCUUCUAUUAAGUCACUUAUUCGAGAAGGUGGAAAGCAGUCUGCAAGUUGCAGCCCGUCCGUUCUUCUGGACGGACUCAAUGAUUGUUAUGCAUUGGCUAGCAGCAUCGCCAUCGCGCUGGAAAAAGUUCGUUUCCAAUAGAGUGGCUGAAAUCCAGCAAAUUACCGCUUCAGGUGUCUGGGGACACGUUUCCGGUGUCGAAAAUCCGGCAGAUGUCAUAUCUAGGGGUAUGCCAGCCAAAGAGCUGAUCGACCAUUCACUAUGGUGGCAAGGGCCUCCAUGGUUGCAACAGCCAAAUAGAUUCUGGCCCGAGAUUAUUCGGACAUCAGACAACAUUUUCACUCAAGAACAACUGCAAGAGACACCAGUAGUGGCUCUUCCUGCCGUCGUACAUAGCACUGUAUUUUCAAUUAAAUCGUCUCUCUCAAAUUUAGUUCGCUUAGUAGCCUACAUACGUAGAUUCUGCAGGAAUGCAACCAAGCAAAAUCGACAAUCCAGAAGUUCCGGACCACUAUCAACAGCCGAGCUAGAAGAAGCGUUAAUAUGUCUAGUGAAACUCUCCCAGCAGGAAUCGUUCGCUGCUGAUUUACAAUCCAUCCGAACAACCGGUCACGUGAAACCAACCUCCAAGCUGAAAGCGCUCGUUCCAGUACUCGUCGAUGGUGUACUUCGCACUCGUGGUCGUCUCAACCACGCAGCUGUACCCUACGCCCAGAAACAGCCAAUGAUUUUGGACCAUAAACAUCCGUUCACCUUAUUAGUUGUUCGCCAUUAUCAUCUGAACCGCUUACACGCCGGACCGACACUUUUGGCCGCCAUCGUUCGCACAAAAUUUUGGCCGUUACGUUUACGCGAUCUUACUAGAAAAAUCACACACGAAUGCGUGACCUGCUUCCGCACACGUCCUAAUUCUUCCGACCAAGUCAUGGCAGAUUUACCCCUUGUUCGUGUAACUCCAGCUUUGCCGUUUCUAAACUCCGGAGUGGACUUUUGUGGUCCCUUUUAUCUUCGGCCACCUACCCGCAAGUCCGCACCGUUGAAAGUAUUUGUGGCUGUAUUUGUUUGCCUUUCUACCAAGGCAAUCCACCUUGAAUUGGUGGGAAAUUUGUCCACCGAUUCGUUCAUCGCUUGCCUAAAGCGAUUCGCAGCACGACGAGGGAUACCCAAGACGAUCUACUGCGACAAUGCGACUAAUUUUGUUGGAGCACGGCGAACACUAAACGAAUUUGUCUACUUAUUUAGCUCCCAGCAGAACCGCAUGGAAACCACCCGUCAUUGUACUGAAAAUGGGAUUCAGUUUUCGUUUAUUCCUCCGAGGUCACCACAUUUCGGCGGCAUCUGGGAGGCGGCUGUCAAGUCGCUGAAGACACAUCUUCAUCGUACACUCGCAAACGCCAUGGCCAACACCGAGCAAUUUACAACACUACUCGUACAAAUCGAAGCACUCCUCAACUCCAGGCCUCUCACGCAGCUCAGCAACGAUCCCGAAGAUCUAGACGUCCUCACUCCGGGCCACUUCUUGGUGCACAGGCCCCUUACUGCUAUACCGGAGCCAUCGUACGAAGAAAUACCCACCAAUCGCUUAUCGCAGUGGCAAAUGAUCCAAGAAUAUCUUCGCCGCAUCUGGAAACGGUGGUCAACCGAAUAUCUGUCGGGAUUACAACAGCGAACCAAAUGGACCAAAGUACGAGACAACAUUCGCAUCGGUACGAUGGUAUUAGUUCGCGAAGAGAACCUGCCACCGCAAAAGUGGCGGUUUGGUCGAGUAGUGGAAGUAUUUCCCGGCAGCGAUGGACUCAUCCGCGUUGUCAGCAUCCGCACGAAAGACGGCAUCUACAAACGGGCAAUCACACGUAUUUGCGUUCUGCCUAUUGCUGACAAUCUACCAGACCGAGAGACGGCAGCGUUCCAGACGUUCGAGGUGCCAGCAACAAACGCAAUGUUGGAUGGGAGGGGACCUAAUGGUCCUCUCGCAAGUUAA